CGGGGUCAGGGGCCGAGCGGAGCUGGUUAUCAUUUAGUAUGGAAGAAGAUGAGUUCUUUGGAGAAAAAACAUUCCAGCAUUGUUGUGCAGAGUUCAUUAGACAUUCACAGCAGAUAGGUGAUGGCUGGGAAUGGAGAACUUUGAAGGACUCUUCUGAAGGCUACAUGUGCAAAACACACUUUCAAAUUAAACCCGAGACUCUGAUGUCACAUUCGGGAACAUCUGCCUGUGUACAGACAUGUCUACCCAUUGAGGAGGCUUUAGAACUACCCCUGGAUGAUUCUGAAGUGACUGAGACCACAACGGGAAGCCAAGUGAUUAAAUAUGAAUAUCAUGUUUUAUACUCCUGUAGCUACCAAGUGCCUGUGCUUUACUUUAGGGCAAGCUUUUUAGAUGGAAGACCUUUAGCUCUGAAGCACAUAUGGGAAGGAAUCCACGAGUGCUAUAAGACAAGGCUGCUGCAGGAGCCAUGGGACACUAUUACCCAACAGGAGCAUCCAAUACUUGGGCAGCCUUUUUUUGUACUUCAUCCCUGCAAGACAGAUGAAUUCAUGACUCCUGUGUUAAAGAAUUCUCAAAAAAUCAAUAGGAGUGUCAACUACAUCACAUCUUGGCUGAGCGUUGUAGGGCCAGUUGUUGGGCUAAAUCUACCUCUGAGUUAUGCCAGAGCAGCUUCUGAGGAUGAAUGAAAUGUC